AUGAUCCAGGUUCCUCUUUCUCCUCUAUUCUUACCUCUAAUUUUGAUUUUGAAACUUCUCAUCUUCUCCUCUAUAAAAACCCUAACCGGAAAAAUCAUACGGGUUUCAAUUGUGAUUUCCUCCUCCAUACUCGAUCCCUACUUCUACUCUCUCCGCAUCUCAGGUAGGAUCCGUUCUUUCUCCCUUUUUCUCCUUCUUUUUCUUUGUUUUCUCAGGUACGACAUCAUUCUCCCCUACUUUUCUACUUGUGCAUCCCAUUCUGAUACUUUUCUACUUAAUACAAUCAUCGGCGAUUCAAAACCAUCAAACGCUUCAGCAUCUAUCGUAUUCGGAUGUAGCACAUCCCAAAUUGGGGAUUUAACCAAACCCGAUAGAGCCAUUGACGGAAUAUUUGGAUUCGGUCAACAAGGACUCUCUGUAAUCGCGCAUCUUUCUUCACAAGGGAUCGCUCCAGAUGCUUUCUCUCAUUGUCUCGUCGGAAACGGUGGUGGUGGGAUUUUGGUUCUAGGUCAGAUAAUCGAGCCAACCAUGGUGUAUACUCUAUUGAUCCAGUCACAGCAUAUAGUCCCCUACAUAAGGAAAUAUGGAAAGCAUCCUGUUUCUGGAAUUCCUCUUAAACAAGAAGAUCUCAUCCCACUAACAUUUCACCAAACCUCUGAAGGGGAGUAUCAUUGCCCUAUAUUAAACAAGGUUUUCACAGAGUUCACACACAUUGUUGCCAUAAAGACAACCGAAAAUGUCUACUCCUACGAGGCAAUCAAAGAAUUAAACCUCAAAACCAAAAACUGGAAAGAACUUCUAACCGAUGAACCCUUCACAAGGCAAGACAUCAUCACAAUUCAGAAUCCAAACACACUCGACAACAAAGCCCUGGUGGAUUUCGACCAUGUCAAAAAAAGCCUAAAACUUGACGAUGAAGAAAUCAAGAAAAUGGAAUCAGAUCCAAGCUACAACAUAAAUGUAAGAGGUGACAUAAAGAAAAUGCAGUGA